AUGAAAUUACGACGAAAAUUUUAUGAAAAUUCGGCUGCUUGUAGUAAAUUGGUAAAAAAAUUUCAUUUUUUUCUAAAAUCCUUUUUAAAGGUUGAUCAAAAAGAUCCAGUUUUCAAGGACAUUGACGAUUUUGUUAAUCAUUUUUGUGAAGACACUACAAAGGCUAGAAGCAUUAGAAAGAUUUUGGUGGCAGCAAAUGGUAUAGCUGCAGUUAAAUUUAUGGAUUCUCUAAAAAAAUUUUUGAUGCAACAUUUUGGGAAUGAAAAACUCAUUAAUUUUGUCUGUUUAACUACAGACCAGGAAAUUCCGUCAGAAUAUCUAAAGAUGGCCGAUCAUAUCAUUUUCUCUCCAGCCGGUGCAAAUACACAUAAUUAUACAAAUGUCGAUGAAAUUGUUGAGCAAGCAACACGAAAUAAUGUUGAUGCAGUGUGUACAGUUUGCAGUUUUGCUAGUGAAAAUCCUCAAUUGCCUGAAGAAUUGAACAAAAGAAAUAUUGUUUUUAUUGGCCCUCCAAGUAAAGCAUUGUUUGCUUUGAGUGAUAAAAUUGCUAGCACAAUUAUAGCUCAGACAGUUAAAAUCCCAACAAUUGCUUGGUCUGGUAGUGGAUUAAUAAUUGAAUCAACAGGAGAAGGAAAAGAAAAAGGAGGGGGAGGAAACGAAUCAGAAAUUUCCAAAGAAUUGUAUUUAAAAGCUUGUAUCUCGACAGCAGAAGAAGGCCUUUUAUCAAUGAAAGAAAAAAAUAUUACUUAUCCAGUAAUGAUAAAAUCAUCAAAAGGAUGCAGUGGAAAAGGAACUAGAAAAUGUAUUAGUGAUGAAGAAUUUCGUUUAAAUUUUACAAGUGUAAAGGAGGAGGUCCCAGAAGCUCCUAUUUUCUUGAUGAAGUAA